AUGUCGUCGUCGUCGCCGGUGCCGGCAAGGCCAGAGAAUGUCGCCUCCGCCCCGGCCACGGCAAGCAACACAUUCCACGUGCUUAACUCGUGCGGCGGCGCCGGGGCAUACGUGCGGCCUCCCCAUGCCGCCGCGUUGCGUUCGCCACAGGCACGCCCCAUCACCGGCUACGGCUUCCCAGCCACCGGCGUUGUUGCCCCCGCAAACGCUGCCAUGGUGGCUCGUGCUCCCGGUGGACAACUAGGGGCGCGGAUGGAGAUAGUGCAGCAGCUCAUGCACUUAGCUGGAUGGGGUAACCUCCCGUCACCGCCAUCGCCAUGGCUCCACAACUACGCCGCGUUCAUGUCCCCGCGAGGCCAGCCAUUGCUGCUCUCCCCCUCCGCGAGGUCCCCCGGUCCUCCCAUCCGACCACCGCCGUCGUCGUUAGCCUCCGGGGCGCCAGGAGCUAGUGGGAGCAGCGUUGCCUGCCGGGGUGCCGUCGUCGUCCACGGCAGCGCUGUUUCCGGCAGGUACGGCCCCAGUCCCGGAGGUGGCGGCGCAGGCCGCCGUAAACCACCAAACCUGAGGCCGCUUCAGAUUACCGAUGCCGCCACGAUCGCCACCGGAUCAGCCAGCAAGAAGAAGGCGCCGCCGGCAGCAACAGAUGGCGCGGUGCAACGCCUGCCCCCUGUGCUCGCCAUGCCGACCACGGUUGGAGGGGAGGUCGCCGCUGCGGCGAAUGGCCGCGUCAGGAAGCGCGCGCCCAAGGACAAGGACAAAGACAGCAGCAAGCCGAAGUCGUCCAAGAAGCCCAGGCAGAGGGCCGCCAGGAAGCAGCGACUGCAAACGGCUGGAGACAAGGACACGGUCGCCGCCGCCGACGCCGACGCGAAAAACCUCGUCGUCGAGAACCAGCCACCUGAUAGCAACGAUCUUCAGAUCGUCCCAGUUCUGCCGCCACCAACGCCAAGCAACAGAAGAAAGAGGAAGCAGAACGCUGCAUCCUCGCCGAGCAGCGGCGGCAGGUGCAACGUGGUCGCCAGGAGGAGCAGCGCGGUCGCAAAGGCGGCGACGACGGCGAAGAAGCACACCAUACUGACAUUGCUGAUCGACGCCGGCUUCCUGUCCGACAAAGAGAAGGAGGCGUGGGAGAAGGAGAGGGUCAAGAUCUUCCUGGUGCAGGAGAAGGCGAGGGCGGCGCUGGAGCAGGAGCAGGAGAAGAGCGCGCAGGCCAAGAGGAGGCUCCUCGCGAAGCAGAAGAAGGGAGCCGUCGAGGGGGUCAUCACGUCUCCUAGAAUCAGAACGAAGCUGAGGUCCGGCGAGAAGGAUUCCAGCGACGACGCCUGCGGCGUCUGCGCCGACGGUGGGGAGCUGCUGUGCUGCGACAGCUGCCCCUCCACCUUCCACCCGUCGUGCCUCGCCAUGAAGGUUCCAGAGGGUUCGUGGGCUUGCCACUACUGCCGAUGCGUGCUGUGCAUGGCAAAUGAUGAUCAGGGCUUGUCCACAUGCCAACAUUGUACUCUCAAGUAUCAUGAGAUUUGCCGUCCAUCCCUAAGCAAUGGGCGCGGCAUCGGCGCAUACUGUAGCGAAACCUGCAAGAAGGUGUCUGUUCAGUUAUCAGACAUGAUAGGCGUAACAAACCAUACUGAAGAUGGUUUCUCAUGGGCUCUACUGAAGAUUCAGAAAGACCAGCCAGUUAGUUCACAGAACAGUCCUGUUGUUCUUGAAUGCAACGUGAAGCUCGCAGUGGCGCUCGGCGUGCUGAAUGAGUGCUUUAACCCAGUUAAGGAUCGACGAACUAAGAUCGAUAUGCUCCACCAAGCUGUCUACAGCCUCGGAUCAGAAUUCAAACGGGUAAGCUACGAAGGAUUCUACACCAUAAUUCUGGAGAAGGAUGGAGAAAUCAUUUCAGCAGCCCUGCUGAGGAUCCAUGGCACAAAGGUCGCGGAGAUGCCGUUCGCAGGCACACUGCCAGCUUACCGGAAACAAGGAAUGAUGCGUCGGCUGGUGAACGCUGUCGAGAAGGUGCUGGCGUCAGUGCAAGUGGAGAGGCUGGUGAUGCCAGCCAUAUCCGCUCUAGUGGACACCUGGAAGAGGUCCUUCUCCUUCAAACCGCUAGACCCCGAGCUGAAGGAGGAAAUCAGGAGGCUGAGCCUGGUGGUGAUCACCGGCACCACCCUGCUCCACAAACCCGUGGCCGCCGCGCCGCCGUCUCCGUCGCCACACAAACAAACCGAAGCAGCAGCGGCGAAGAGUGGAGCAGAGCCAUGGUGGUGGAAGUACACGUACGGGGCGCCGCCGCUGACGGACGACGAGCGGGCCUUCCUGGAGACGGACACGGGCAUGGCGCCGCUCGGCUGCAGCUUCACCGACCUGGUCACCGGCAAGGUGUCGUCCCUGCACAAGGUGCUGUGCGCGGGGAACUCGUCGCCAUCGGUGCCCUGA